AUGGGAAUUACAAUGAGGCAAGCCAACAGCCAUGAAGCUCGCGACGGAGAGAUCGAAUCUAGACCCAGCUUUGAGCCCACGGGUCCUCGAUUUCAGAGCAAUGACUUGCCUUUCGCCGGACGUCUCGGUGCCAAUCAGGCGUAUGUGGUCGAUGGUACCACAAGUGAAGAUGAGAAGUUACUCGAGCACCAACCUGAUGCUACACCACAUAUGUCAUUUAGGGAAUUAGUCGACGUCCGUCCUAUAACCAAUAUCGAUUUAUGGAAGGCAGCAAUGAUAGAAGGAAUUGGUACCUUGUUGUCUGUCUUCGUUACAAUAUGGGCGAGUUCUUCACCUGACGUGAUACCUGCUCAACCGACCAGGCAGCUAGGAAAUUUCGACAAUGCCGCCUUUAUAGGUCCGCUUGUCGGUGGCAUAAUCAAUGUGAUACUUAUUACACUAUUUAUCACAUGCUUUGGUGCUGUAUCAGGUGCACAUUUCAACCCACUCAUCACGUUCGCAACGUUUUGUGCUCGUCUUUGCUCCCUCCCACGUAUGAUCUUAUACAUACCAGCCCAGGUUGGCGGCGCUGCGCUAGCUGGUCUAUUGGUCAGAGCUAGCUGGGGAGGCCGAGACUUCAAGACUGGGGGCUGUUGGCUUUUCACCGAGGUCGUGCCAGCAAGAGAGGCUUUCGUCAUUGAACUUGUCUUUUCUACCGUCCUCUUAUUCCUUGCUUUUGGCGUAGGGUUGGACCCAAGACAGGCCAAGAUAAUAGGGCCAGCGCUAGGUCCAUUUCUCGUCGGACUUAGUGUUGGCACAAUGAGCUUUGGAAGUGCAUUUACUAGAUAUGGAUAUGGAGGUGCUGGGAUGAAUCCCGCGAGGUGUAUGGGUGCCUUUGUCGGUAGCAGGUUCCCAUCUUGGCAUUGGAUACACUGGGUAGCAAACUUUAUUGCUUGUAUUGCCCAUGGCAUCUGCUACUAUUUCAUUCCCCCAUGGACACAAGUUAAGGGAUAG